AUGGUUAAAGUGCUAUUGACCGGAGGCAGUGGCUUCAUCGCCGCCCACAUUGUCGACAUUCUACUGCAGCACGGCUUUGAUACAGUCGUGACAGUCCGAUCAGAAGAAAAGGGCAAACAAAUCCUCGAGGCUCAUCCCAAUACACCCAAGGAGAAGCUUUCGUAUGUGAUUGUUACGGAUGUAGCCAAGGACGGUGCAUUCGAUGAGAAGAAACAGGCCGUCAAAUCAAAUCCGCCAUUUGACUAUGUUCUGCAUACCGCAUCCCCCUUCCACUUCAACGUUCAGGAUCCCGUGAAGGACUUCCUCGACCCUGCCAUUAAGGGGACCACGGGUAUCUUGAAGGCCAUCAAAGCCUACGCUCCUAGUGUGAAGCGAGUAGUGAUCACAUCUUCUUUCGCUGCUAUUGUGAACGGCAAGCAGCACCCCAAGGUCUACAGUGAGAAGGAAUGGAACCCAGUGACAUGGGAGGAGGCAAUGGACCACUCACAGGUUUAUCGGGCCAGCAAGACAUUUGCUGAGAAAGCAGCUUGGGACUUUGUCGAGAAAGAGAAACCAAACUUCGACAUUGCUACCAUUAACCCACCGUUGGUAUUCGGCCCAGUGGUCCACUAUCUAAACACUCUUGAGUCCGUCAACACCUCAAACCAGCGCUUCAGAAAUUUGAUCCAGGGUGAGAUGAAAGAGAAAAUAGCCCCGACGGGUAAUUUUCUCUGGGUGGAUGUACGUGAUGUUGCUCUUGCCCAUGUCAGAGCAAUUGAGGUCCCUGAGGCCGGAGGGGAGAGAUUCUUCGUCACUGCUGGCUUCUUUUCGAAUAAGAAAAUUGCAGACAUUAUCCGUGAGGCUCGCCCCGAGUUGGAGUCCAAACUGCCACCUGUGAACGCCCCUGACGACUUUCCGGCAAACAUUUUCGAGUACGAUAACAACAAGUCACAGAGGGUUUUGGGCCUAGAAUAUCGCCCAUUUAAACAAACGGUCAUAGAUACUGUCGACGCUCUUCUAGCUGUUGGCGCUUAA